AUGGCUACGAUCUACAAUGCAUCUACUUGCACCACUCUGAAUUCGAGAGAAACUUGUCCAUCAGCAGCUACGGAAGCGUACUUCUUGAAUCGGCGUGAUGAAACAGUUGUAGGUCCAAAGGCCGUUGCUGUUCCCGGCUUUCUUAGCGGGCUCUACAGAGCGUACGAGAAAUUCUCUUCCAAGCACCUGACAUGGCGACAACUGAUCGCUCCUACUAUCGAGCUCUGUGUUCGUGGUGUUACAGUAUCCGAGGAUUUGGCCAAAUACCUUCAGCAAUUUCGCUCGAUGAUUACAAACGACAAUGCUAUG